CUAUUACAGUUCGCGACCGCCCAGGCACGAUGUGAUACACGAUACGACAAUAAGAAACGUGUCCACAGCGCCUUUUAGUUCAAACUAUUGCAGGGACUUUAUUUUGGCGCUACUAGAACGUGAACUAAGGAUUUCUGGUACCACAAACGUAACCUCUAAAGUAAUCGUCAAUUUCAAUGUUUACAAAUAACUGAAUGAGUAUGUCAACAAUUUUUGAUGGAUGGUACAAUAUUACCACAUUCCUACAGGCCUUUCCUUUGGUUGCAGAGUUUGUAAUAAAUUAAGGUGUUCUCAGGUGUAUUCCAAUACAUACGUCAGAAUGCAGAUAGUUAAACAGUUUCCAAAGUUUGUCAAUUUAACAGUCUGCGCUGUCAGUAUCUGUUAUAUGGGCUAUGUCGUAACCUUGUUUGUGAAUUUCUUGUCAUCAUAUAAUCAUGGUCAGAAAGCUUUAGCUCACUCCAGGAGUGAAGAGGAAAGCCUUGUUCUUCCAACGGUAACAGCUCUACUGACCGACACAUGUCUGCUAAUCAUUUUUAUACUACAGCAUUCUGUUAUGGCUAGUAAUUUGAUAAAGCACUUGUACUGGAAGAUCAAUUUGUUUCAUUUAGAACGAGGCUUAUACAAUGCAAGCAGUGCUGCUGUAUUGCAUGUAUUAAUGAACAAUUGGGAAUACUUACAAUGGAUUACGAUUUGGAACGUCGACGUCGCCUACAGCAAUAAGCUAUGGUUAUUUUUCACGGCCCUUCAGUUUGUCGGAUGGUUUCUUGUAUUCUGUGGAUGUUUAGUAAUGGACGUAUCGGAGUUAGUGGGAUUGAAACAAGUUAUGUACAAAUUAUCCGCAAGACCAUGCCCGAUGUCUUUAAAAUCAAGAGAAAUGCAACGUUUCUACAGUCAUAUGCGUCACCCCAGUUUUACUGGGUUUUUAAUUAUACUGUGGCUUCAUCCAUUAAUGACAAUCGACCGAUUACUAUUAGCUGGCAUCUUCACGGUGUACAUGCCUCUGAUGUGGUUCAUCGAUGAGAAAGACUAUCAGUACUAUUCAAUAGUUGCUCAAAAGAAACGACAAGAAGUAUUUUAAGCUUAUCUACCUUAUCCACUACAUGACAGAAUUCAUUUAGCUCUACAUACUACGAUGCUUUGUGCCUUACAAAUGAGCUGCGAGAGUUAAACCCUAGGUUUAGAAUUAUUUAUUACUAUUUAUGUAAUUAUCUUUUGGUACAAGAAAACGUUUCCCUAAA